AUGACAAACGUCGUAUUGCGACAUUUGCAACACGAGUUGCCUUUAGUCUUGGUUACACAGAUGUCCCACAGUGACGCUCCACAGCAAGAAGUCUGUUUGACGCCUAUUGUUACUGUGGUACAGAUGACACAAGUAAAGUGCGAUUCAAGGUACAAUGGUCCAGCCCCGAUUGAUGGGGGUUUGGAAAAUAAAAUAAAAUUGACCGGCAUGCGGGCCUAUCUGAAAAAGUUUACGUACUCGAAUGCCAGCACUGGUGAUUUGUGGGCCGCACUGAGCACGUCCAGUGGCAAGGAUGUCAAGAGUCUGAUGACCAGCUGGACCCGGCAGGCGGGCUACCCUGUGCUGACAGUCUCGGCAGCGUCUACCGAGCCCGAAAACAGUGGCGCUGCUGCUGUGGCGGCAACCACCACCAACAACACCACCACCACCACCACCAACAACAACAACAACAACAACAACAACAUGCCCCCCACCUCUCCCUCUUCCACCACCUCCUCAAUCACCACCAUUGCCACCCAGAUCACCGUGCAGCAGGAGCAGUACCUGAGCAUGGGGGCGGUGCCGACGGUUGUGGAUCACCAGAGUCUAUGGCAGGUGCCGGUUAACAUACUGAUUGACGGCGUACAGGCUGGCAGCGACCAGCUACUCGAGGGGUCGGCGAGCGGCACCUUUGAGAGCUCCAUCCCCGACGGGGCCGUGUGGAAGCUCAAUGCCGAGAUGGCCGGGUUCUACCGUGUAAGGUACGACCAGGCACUGCUACCCAUGCUGCAGAGGGGUAUCAGCAACAAGACGUUCUCCGUGGCGGAUCGCACCGGUAUCGUGAACGACAUGUUUGCGCUGGCGUCUGCCGGUUACACGAACACGACCGACGCGCUGCAGGUGCUGUCGGCCUACACGGAGGAGGAUGAUACUACUGUGUGGACCGAGAUCAUUGAGAGCCUGGACUGGCUCUCAUCCGUGUGA